CUAUGACACAUUCUUAAAUGAUACUUGAACAACUAGCGCCUUCGCGCAAAAAAGAAUAACUAAAAUCGACGUUUUCCGACAUUUUUAUUAGGUAGGAAUUGUCAAAAUAAAAAUCAUCAAAAACUCUAGUUUGGAAAAUGGGAAGGAGAAGUAGGUCAAAAUCCCCUUUUGGUUCAAGGAGACGGGAUCGCGAUAGAGAAAGGGAUAAAGAAAGGGACAGAGACAGGGAUAGGGACAAAGAUAAGGAGAGACAUAGGCGGAAAAGAUCGAGAGAUCGGUCGCGAGACAGGGAAAGAAGACGUUAUUCCACGGAAAGGGAUGAUCACAGGAAGUAUUCCCGUUCAAGAUCUAGAUCUCGGUCUCCAGUGGAUAGAAGACGAAAAAAUAAAGUUCCGGACCGACCUUUGAUAACCGCAGCUGAUCUGGAAGGAAAGAGUGCAGAGGAGCAAGAAAUGAUGAAAUUAAUGGGAUUUUGUAAUUUCGAUACAACAAAAGGUAAAAAAGUUAAUGGAAAUGACGUGGGUGACGUACACGUGAUCCUCAAACGAAAAUAUAGGCAAUACAUGAAUAGGAAAGGCGGAUUUAAUCGACCUCUGGACUUUGUAGCAUAAUUUGUGAUUCAACAGGCAUUACUUUGAACAACCAAUACCUCAACUCAGUAACCUCAUUCAUCAGAAUGCAAUUUUUAUAUUUUUUUGCUAUACCUAUACCUCCAUAGUUUCAGGUUAUUUAUAUUGAACCAAGGGGCAUUUGCUUCAUUUUUUAGUUGGUAAAUAACAUUAUUAACAUGUUAAGCGCCAUGGCGGUCCCUAGGGCUCACAAUAGAAAGUACCCCAUACCCUAUGGAGGUCCCUAGAGACCACUGCGUAUUUAGUUCAAAUUAUUUGUCAUCCAAGCCAGCGUUCCCUGCAAAAGUCUGAGCAUCGUAAACGGACCUCUAUGGCUUGUUGCAUACACUGAAAAUUGGGUAUUGCACAUUCACAAGAUGAUGAUAAUACCUAUCAUUUAUGAGUUGUAUUAAUAUGUAAUUACAUUAUUGUGUUUAUUUUUUUAGUGAUUUUGAUAAUUCACUGCGAGUAUUAUCAAUUUUCAGAUUACGUAUUUUAAAAUAUUCUUUUGCAUUCGCAUCCUCUUUGGUUAAUCUUUUACCUCAGGGAAGUAAACAAAGCAGAUCUUUGUUGUAGUCCUGAUCAGGCCAGGUUUAUGACUUUUUUAAAUACUAUAAGCCUCAAUGACAAAAAUCUACACUUCUUCUGUAGUGAAUAAGUGAUAUAACAAGUAUGUGAAGCUCGUAAGAACAGAAGCAAUGUUUAUGUAUGCAAGAGGUUCUAAAAAUAUGUGUAUAUACAAAUAUACAUGGUAAUAUUUGUUAAUAUAUUAUGCAUUGUAGUAGUAUCUUAAUAAUUAAGCUUUAUUUGUAAAGAUGAAGCAAAUGCCUCCACCUAUUUGUUGAAAUUUCUGUAUAUAUCACACAUACGGGUUGUUCAGUUAGUAUAAUUUUUCUAUUAUUUAUAAGCUCUAAUAUCAAACAUUUGUUGUUUUAUAUUUUUUAUGAAUAAACUUUAAAGACUGAA